AUGAAAUCUGUGUCUACUGGCUCUUUCUUGAUUCUCGCUUUCUCGCUUUUCCAAGCGACGAUAGCAGCACCGGUUGCUGAUAUGAAGGAUGACUCUGGUCUUAAAAUAUUAAAAAUUAACAAGCGCGAGCCUAGAUUCUACCCGCCUCAUAUUGGUGGUGGCCGCUAUGACGCACCAUAUGAUAUAUUUGGCGAUGAUAAUGUGGUUCAAAAUCGGCACUACGGCCACAAACGCGGGGAGCGUCAACAUGAUAAAGGGGGGCUCUACAUAUGGGCAGAAGAUUCCAACCUUAACAAGCGAGAGCCUGGUUUGACAAACCUUUCCCCUUUGCACUACGACAUAGCAGAAGGUGCAUCCCCUUAA